AUGGCUGCUGCUCAAACAACGACUACGAUUGAGACAGUUUCGGUCGUAAGACCAUUAAAGGUUAUAUCACUGAUAUGCUUAUGUAUAGCUGUAAUCUUGGGAAUAGUAUCUGUCUGCUCAACAUGGUGGCUCAGAUCGGGAUCAUUCCGAACAGGAUUAUUCCUUGAGUGUACUGCUUCCAAUGAGCCUUCUUCCGCUCCACCUAUACCAAAUAGUCCUCAUCCCGGAAAGUGUCAUCCACCUGCCCGAGAUUCAGCAUAUAUUAAAGCUGUAGCAGCUUUAAUGAUAAUUGCUCUCAUCUUCACAGGAGUAGCGUUCUUCUUGAAUAUAUGUGGACUGAGUAUGUCGGAUAUAAGGAGAAAAUACAUUUUCUAUAAGAUUGCUACUUACUUAGCUCUUUUCGCUGUUUUGUUGGAAUUGAUUGCUUUAGUCCUCUUCCCGGCUGCAUUUUACACAAAGAUGAAAGAUUAUGGGUCUCGACGAGAUUGGGAGGUUGAUUGGUCCUACGGACUGGCUUGGGGAUCAACUUUAUUCACAUUCGGAGCUUCUCUGUUAUUAAUAUGUGAUAAAGAGCACGAAGAAGUAUAUUACAAGGAGAAGACAGUCUACAGUCCCCCGCCUGAGUUAGAAUGA